CCAACCGAACCGGAGUGAGUUUGAAAAUUCCCGCCGCGCUCAAUCGCCAUUGAACAGUUUACUUCUGCCGUUGGAAAGUGUUUCUUUGUUUUACUAGUUUUGUGAAAAGUUUUUUGGGCUCGUGAAAACCACGCCUUUUUUUUCCGGGCAGCAUGGCAACCGGCACGACCACCAACGGACGUCUCAUGUUCACCCAGACUUCCUGCUAUCUCUGCAGCGAGUGGCUGGAUGAUUCUGACGUCGAGAUCCACUUACGCAAGUGCCGCCGACAGCAAACCGUGUGUCCGAACCGUUGCGGAGCCAUCGUCGCCAAGAAAGAUCUUCAGCUGCACAGCAACACUUGCCCGAAGAGUUACGGUAUGGAGUCGUCGAACGAAACGUCGAACGAGUACGUCACGCCGCCGAACGAGGAGCAGGCUGGGGAGGAGUUAACGGUGGAGCAGGUCCUCCAGACGUUGGAGAAUGACAUUAGCAGCAUCCAGCUGCUGCAGACGGCGCAGAAGGAGAAGCACACUGACGUGCAGAGCGAGCUGGCGCAUUUGAAGAAUUACUACGACGUAUCGCAUCGCUGGACCGGCAAGGUGUACGAAUCCAUCGUCGCGAUGUACAAGAUGUGCUACCAGGACAAGAUGCAGCACUCGCUCGAUAUUUCCGGGUUGCGGGAACAGCUGAAGGGCACGAAUGAGUGGCGCACCGGUAUUAUCAACCGGAUUGAUGCAUUGGAGAAGACCCUAUUCUUCAUCAAGCAGGACCGGGCAGCGAUCGAGCAGGAGGCGGCCGUGUCCUCCCUGACGGAGCAGGCUGCUGCCCUGUCCAUGGGACCGGAUGAUGGGCAGCAGCCCUCGACAUCGAAGGCCUGCCAGCCGCUGGCACUGAGCGAGCUGAACAACGCACCGUACCGCACGCUUCCGGCAGGCUCGUGCGACUCGACGUCCUCCUCCUCCUCGAUGGAGCCGGUGGUGGAAGUGAAGGGUCCGAUUAAGGAAAUACUCGACGACAUCCACAAGUACCAGGUGAAGCUUAACUACAACCAGAAGGACAUCAUGAUCCGGCUGUUCGAGUGCGAGGAGCGAAUGGUCGAGCUGGAGAACACGCUGAAGAAGUGCCGCCGCGAAACGUACCACACCAAGCAGCGCACCGAGGAGCUGCAGACGAACAUGCUGAUGGCGAACAACCGGGGCACGCCGGCCAGCGAGAACGGCCACGUCAUGUGGCGCAUCGACAACUUUGCCAACCGUUUGCAGCAGUCGAAGGAGCUGGAAACGAUGAUGAAGGGUCCGAUCUUUACGAAUCACCCCUACGGAUACAUGCUGCAGCUGGAGGCCAGCCUGUACGGCAUCGGGACGUGGCGCGGGCGCAAUCUGAUCGCCGGGCUGACCAUCCUGCCCGGCCCGUACGACGAGCUGCUCGAGUGGCCGUGCCGGCUGAGCGCCACCAUCUGUGUGCGCGAUCAGGCAGCAAACCAGGCCGAGGCCGUACCGAUUUACAAACCGAUCGUGGCGAAGGUGAAGGGCCAGCGGGACAAGAAUCAGCACUACGUGUACGUACCGCACGACCAGCUGUACUCGCGUGGCUACGUCAAGAAGGAUACGCUCUUCCUGGAGGUGUUCGUCGGGGAGGAGGGAAGCGGCUCCAGCGAGCUGUAGCGAGCAGCCGGUAGCAACGCAAUCAUGGUGGACGUGGUUUGGCCGGCGUAACUCUCCACAAGGCAGCUACGCCCAGCGCGAUGACAGUGGUAAUGGUACCGGCGAUGGCAGGGCCGGGUAGUAGCAGGCAACGAACUCUGCACGCCUACGGAACGCUCUCAAACGCUGGCCAAACCAACCUUCGAUUGUAGUAUUCUGUUUUUUUUUUGUUUUAAUAUUUCACUUACAUUCAUUUCCAUUCGCACUUUUAUUACACCGUUUUUCUAGCACAGGUCAACCAUGUUUAAGCUGCUUUUAAACAUUGUUCUACUGUAAGUAAACAUUUGAUGUCCAACUGAAGUAUUGAAAUACUUAAUCUAAACUUCGUUAAAUAGCAACUAAACAAGUGAAACCCCUUGAAAUUGAUCCUGUUUACUGUUUGCAGUUGAGACUUUUACUUGUGUAUCAAUUUUCAAAGAUGAUUUGAAAUUUUUUGCCUAUAAUUUAUCCCAAUACCUUCAAAAUGAAAAAUUUACUAUUCAAAUAGAAUAAAUCAAUUAAAAUGAAGCUCUAAACAAUUUAAUUUCUACAAAAUAAACAUCAAAGCAUCGAACCCAAGUAAUAUAAACGUAUUAUGCGACUGUACGAAGUUUAGAAAAGUAUCAGUAUUUCAGUUGGCCGUCAAAUGUUUACUUAUAGGAUACUAAUUGUUAAAAAUUCCCUUAACAUUGUUGGCCUGAGCUCAAAAAACGGUGUACAGACGGUCCCUGAGAUACACGGUACCACUUAUACGUGGAUUCGGAAAUAUGCGGUUUUCCAAAUUUGACAGUUUGAGCAAAUUGAACUGAUUUGACACAUUCAUUGUGAAAUACCAAAUAAUUUCCGUGUUGAUCUAAUGUAAAAUACCAUUU